AUGGCUACCGCUACUGUGUUGGGCUUUGGAGCCAGGGCUCCUCCCAAGGUCCUGAAUCUCUUGGCCAAGACUGUGGCAGACAAUGGCACUGCGACAAUCAUUCCCAAGCGUUCCCAAAGCAUUUCCUUGGCACUCUGCGAAGCACCCUAUCGCACGUUUCUCACCACCACUCCCCAAGAAAGUAAUAAAACACCCGCCAAAAACUUGAUCCUCUACUGUUUGCCCACUGGCGUGGCGGAAUAUGUGGCCACGGAUGAAGCGGCCACGGUACGAUCGUCCAUCUUGUCCACAACAACAACAACCAACACUGUAGUGGCCGUGUAUAGUGUCGAAACGGACCAACUUUUGGGAGGUGACGAGACGGCCUUGUUGGCGGCCAUUCGUGGCGAUGACGGUGCUUCUGCCUUUGGCAAAGCGGCUCUCUUGGCACUGGCAAAAUUGGACACAAUGGCAGCCGACCAAUUGAUGAUUUCCGCCGAAAAUAAAGAUGUCGUGAUUGUGGUGGGAUCCGGUGGACGAGAACAUGCCCUGGCAGUAGCCGUGGCCAAGUCACCAUUGGUAGGCAAGGUGAUUUGUUGUCCUGGAAACGGUGGCACUCAAGUCGAAGGAGGAAAAAUCACCAAUGCCGAAGGAGUCAAUGGAAAACAGGAUAAUGCCACUGUGAUUGAUCUAGUCAAACGAACCAGUGCCAAAAUGGUUGUGGUAGGACCCGAGGCGCCUUUGGUGGCGGGGUUGGUGGAUGAAUUGGCAGUGGCUUGUCCGGAUGUCAUGGUUUUUGGACCCAGCAAAGCAGCUGCUGAACUGGAGGCUAGUAAGGCAUUUACCAAGGACUUUUUGCAGGAACACGACAUUCCCACGGCAAAGUAUAAGAAUUUCACAAGUGCUGACGAGGCAAUUGCGUAUGUAGAAUCCUUGGAAGAAUCGGAUCGACAGGUGGUCAAAGCGUCUGGGCUGGCUGCUGGAAAGGGUGUGUUACUACCCACAAACAAGGCAGAAACCAUUGCAGCCGUUAAGGAAAUCAUGUCGGACAAGGCAUUCGGAGCCGCUGGUGAUACAUGUGUCAUUGAAUCAUUUCUAACGGGACCGGAAGCGUCUUGUUUUGCCCUGUGCGAUGGAAAGACAGCCGUUCUCAUGCCUGCCGCACAGGAUCAUAAACGAGCACUCGACAACGAUCAAGGUUUGAACACGGGAGGAAUGGGUGCCUAUGCCCCGGCUCCUUGUGUCACACCCAACUUGCAACAGGAAAUUGAAGCCAUGUGUGUCAAGACGGUCGAAAAAAUGGCAGAACGAGGAACUCCUUACGUGGGACUCCUAUACGCAGGAAUGAUCUUGACACCAAACGGUCCCUACAUGCUCGAAUACAACUGCCGCUUUGGUGACCCCGAAACGGAAGUUGUCCUCCCUCUCUUGGAGACAGACUUGUAUGAGGUUUUCAAAGCAUGUUGCACGGGGACUUUGGGUUCGAUUGAUGUUCGUUUCAAGGAGAACACUUGUGCUGCUACAGUAGUUUGUGCUGCUAAAGGUUACCCCGAAAAGUAUCCAAAAGGUAUGAAAAUCGAAGACAUUGCUGCUGCAAACGCAUGCAGUGGUGUCAAGGUCUAUCAUGCUGGAACCAAAAUUGACGAUUCCGGGGCCACUCUUUGCUCCGGUGGUCGGGUCGUGACUGUUACUGGAAUGGGGGAUAGCCUGCAGGCUGCCCUCAAUGCUUCCUAUAAGGGAGUUAGCAAACUAGCCUUUCUGGAUGGAAGUGGCCAAAGCUUGAUGCAUUUCAGAACGGAUAUUGGAAAGAAAGCUGUCGAAAAGAAACUAAGAAUUGGUGUAUUGGGCUCGACACGAGGUACCGCGUUGAUUCCUGUUAUUGAAGCGUGUGCCAAUGGCUCAAUCAACGCUGAAAUCGUUGCGGUUCUGAGCAACAAGUCUACGGCACCAAUCCUCGACAAGGGACGGGCCCUUGGCGUCACGGUUUCAACAAAGUUCGUUUCUGCCAAAGGGCUGUCGAGGGACCAAUACGACGCAGAAUGCACGGCCAGCCUUGUCAAGGCAGGAGUCGAGUUUGUUCUACUCGUUGGUUACAUGAGAAUUCUCUCCAAGCCAUUCACAGAUUUCUGGAAGGGUCGUUGCAUUAACGUUCACCCGUCGCUGCUCCCGAAGCAUGCUGGCGGGAUGGAUCUCCAGGUUCAUCAAGCAGUCCUUGACGCCGGGGAGAAAGAAACGGGCUGCACAAUCCACCAGGUUACGGAGGAGGUUGACGGCGGUCCAAUAGUGGUUCAGAAGGUGGUUCAGGUGGAUGAGGGCGAAACAGCAGAAUCAUUGAAAGCAAAGGUCCAGGCUCAAGAAGGACUAGCGUUUAUCGAAGCUAUUGAAACGGUAUGUCGUGGUGGGGUUAUCACAUACGCGGACGCUGGAGUGAACAUUGACGAAGGCAACCGUUUGGUCGAACUGAUAAAACCACUUUGCAAGUCAACGAGGCGUUCCGGGUGUGACGCGGAUCUGGGUGGUUUCGGUGGAUUGUUUGAUCUUGCUGCAGCAGGGUACAACACGAGCGACACUGUUAUCAUCGGUGCCACCGAUGGCGUGGGGACAAAACUGAGAAUUGCACACGCUACAAAGAAGCAUGAAACCGUCGGCAUUGAUCUGGUUGCUAUGUGCGUGAAUGACCUCAUCGUUGCCGGUGGCGAACCGCUCUUUUUCCUGGAUUACUUCGCGACAGGUCGCCUGGAAGUCGAGGAAGCAGCCGCAGUGGUGAAGGGAAUCGCGGAAGGAUGCAGGCAAGCACAGUGUGGCCUCAUUGGAGGGGAGACCGCAGAAAUGCCUUCAAUGUACAGUGAUGGCGAGUAUGACCUCGCUGGUUUCAGUGUUGGAGCUGUGCACAGAGACCGAAUCCUGCCGAAAGGUGUGGCGGAAGGCGACGUCCUACUUGGUCUAUCGAGCAGCGGAAUUCAUAGCAAUGGCUUCAGUCUAGUCCGGAAGCUGAUUGCAAAUGAAGGACUUGACUUCAGCAGCGCGUGCCCGUGGGAUCCUGAUUCAGUCUCUAUCGGCGACUCUCUUUUAACGCCGACCAAGAUUUAUGUAAAGUCUUGCUUACCGCUCAUUAAGGAUGGACUCCUAAAGGGGCUGGCUCACAUUACUGGAGGGGGGCUCCUGGAAAACCUUCCAAGAAGCCUUCCAAGUGAAUUGGGCGCUGAAAUCACAGGGCACCCGCCGCUGCCACAGGUUUUUAAAUGGAUGAAGAUUGCCAGUGGAUUGGACGACAGCGAGAUGUUGCGGACCUUCAACUGUGGUGUUGGUAUGGUUCUGAUUCUGGACGAAAAGUCCGUAUCAACUGCCACAGAGCUCCUCAAGUCAGCCGGAGAAACAGAUGUUUUCCGGCUCGGAACUGUAGUGAAGGGCAGCAAAGUGACAGUUACUGCUUCCCUGACCUGAUAUAAGUCAUAGUAAUCAUCCUAUUGCUCAUCUUC